CGGCAGGGAGAAUGGACAGAGCGCAUUGACCCAGGCUUUGCGCAUGCGUUUUACUGCUGGCUGAAGCCGAACCUCGAGAGCCCAGGACACCCUUCUGCACAUGCGCAGGAGGCUCAAUGACAGUCACGCUUUGGCUAAGGCUCCGGGGAAAGGGUCUAGCCAUGCUGCAUGUGACCCGGGGGGUCUGGGGGUCCAGGGUCCGAGUAUUGCCACUGUUGCCCACGGUCCUCGGGCCCCCCCGGACCCUCUCAUCGCUGGCGGCCAAGAUGGGGGAGUAUCGCAAGAUGUGGAACCCCACAGAGCCCCGCGACUGGGCCCAGCAGUACCGCGAGCGCUUCAUUCCCUUCUCCAAGGAGCAGCUGCUCCGCCUCCUAAUACAGGAAUUCCACUCAAGUCCAGCAGAGAAGGCAGCUUUGGAGGCGUUCUCAGCCCACGUGGACUUCUGCACCCUGUUCCACUACCACCAAAUCCUGGCCCGGCUGCAGGCCCUGUAUGACCCCAUCAACCCUGACAGGGAGACCCUCGAUCAGCCAUCACUGACAGACCCCCAGCGUCUGUCCAAUGAGCAGGAGGUGCUUCGGGCUCUGGAACCCCUUCUGGCCCAGGCCAACUUCUCCCCGUUGUCUGAGGACACCCUGGCCUACGCGCUGGUGGUCCAUCACCCGCAGGAUGAGGUCCAGGUGACAGUAAAUUUGGAUCAGUAUGUCUACAUGCAGUUCUGGGCCCUGGGCCAGCGAGUCGGGCAGAUGCCCCUGAAGUCCAGCGUGGGCUCCAGGCGUGGCUUCUUCACCAAGCUGCCUCCUGCAGAGAGGAGAUACUUUAAGCGGGUGGUGCUGGCGGCCCGGACCAAACGGGGGCACCUGGUGCUGAAGAGCUUCAAGGACACGCCUCUGGAGGGCCUGGAGCAGCUGCUGCCUGAGCUGAAGGUGCGCACGCCCACCCUGCAGCGCGCCCUGCUCAACCUCACGCUGCUGGUCUCUGGUGUGGCCAUCUUCGUCAACGUGGGCAUGGUGGUGCUUACCGACCUCAAGGUGGCCACCUCGCUGCUGCUGUUGCUCUUCGCCGUCUUCAUGGGCCUGCGGGCCUCCAAGAUGUUUGGGCAGCGGCGCAGCGCACAGGCGCUGGAGCUGGCGCACAUGCUCUACUACCGCAGCACGUCCAACAACUCGGAGCUGCUCAGCGCCCUGGCCCUGCGCGCGCAGGAUGAGCACACCAAGGAGGCGCUGCUGGCUCACAGCUUCCUGGCCCGGCGGCCAGGGGGCACGCCAGGCCCGCUCAAAGAGACCUCCACGUGGCUCCGGUCAGAGGUGGAGAACUGGCUUCUAGCCAAGUCAGGCUGUGAGGUAGCCUUCAACGGAACUCGGGCCUUGGCUCAUCUGCAGGCCCUGACCCCCAGCAUGGGAUUGUUCCCACCCCCGGGUUUCCCCAAACUAGACCUAUUGGCUCCAAUCACUUCCGAACCCCCGCAGGCCACACCCAGCAGUAACAACCCCUGAGUAGAACCUACCUCCCUGCCCAGUAAGCAGGCUAGGAACCAAGCCCCGCCUCCUUCACGACAGGCUGUCAUUACGGUUAUACUUUUCUACUCCAACUUCUAAUAACUGACAGGUAAUUAUUUUUGCUACACUGUGUGCUUAAGCGAAGCAGCCAAUCAAAAUAGCCAGCAGUUGCUAAGUUACCCCCGCCCCUUUGAUGAACAGCCAAUCAAAGCGAUUUAGCUCUGCUUCUAUUUCAUUUCUUAGUCCCACAUAUACCAUAAACAUCCGAAUGUGGGUUGGCUGAAGAGCUGGGGUGUCUGCCAAUCACAGCUGCUCGACUCUGGCUUCUGCAAACUGCCAGGUAGGGUUGUUAAAACCAUGCCCUCCCGAGACUAUAUAUCAUUGUCUUUUUUAGCCCUCUCCAGGCAAACUGCCCAUCAUGUGCACCAAGGCCGUUUAGCCCUGCCUCCUGGCAAAUGGCCAGUGACAGCUGCUGGGUUCCAUCAACCUUGGGCAGCCGGUUGUCGCUGCAGGGAAGCAACCAAUAACAAUUUCUAAAGGAAACCUGAUCUUGCUAUCAAUUGCUGCUGCUUAUAUGGCAGGCCAGCUGGUCAGCUGCUGAUCAGGGUGUCUAGGCUGAAAGGGUUAGGGGACCUCGUGCUAGGUAGGUGAACCAGAAACCACCCUCGCCGCCAAGACUCGCUCCCAACCUGGCUCCCCAGCAAUCUCAGGUGCCUUCCUCGCCCAGGUCCUUUACCCUUUCUACAGAAACUACCUCAGUCUGGAUCUCUCCCAGCAGCAGCCUGUGCAAUAUUUAUUGGUCUAUCAGUUUCUCCCCCGUCUCUCCUCUCCCAAAGUAAUAAAUCAUGUUUAAUAAGUCUG